CGAGCACAUGUUCGGGUUUCAGUAUCGCGUGCUUAGGCUACCGGCUAUGACACUCCUGCCGUCGGUUAACCGCAGUUGCUUCCAUAUCGUACCAACAUAAUAUACGUUGAAUUCGGGGUUUUGCUUAAAUUUCAAAUUUAUUUUUUACUAAUAUUCAAUUUUCUAUUUUACCAUGCGCGUUAAAAAUAAAAUUACUACCGUACAACAAUAGACCGGUGCCGGUGACAAAAUGUUCGUAGACCGAUUUUGUUUUUGUUUGUUUACCUGUUUGACAAUCCUAGGACUCGGACGCUACACAAACGCUGAUAAAGCCAAGUGUUGCGGCCGCGUUACCGGCAACUGUAAGAGAUCCUGCGAACAAUUGGCCGUCUUGCAAGAGUACCCAGAAGACAAAAUAGCCGGACGAAUCACGGACUUCUAUCAUCAUUGCACGCCCAAAAAUGUCAGACACAUUGAAUGGUGUAUGCAUUCGUCGAAUCAAGAUUCUGAGAUUAAGUGGUUGGAAGCGGCGAGGAAGUGCUGCGACGUGGCUAAGUCGGACCGCUGCCAAUUGUCGUGCUUGGACAAGAACAAGGAACCCAGAUCGGUGCACAUGCAUUGCCAAGACGAGACGGAGUUUUUCACUUGCCACCAACACCAACAGGUGAAAGACGCUUGUUGCGGUGACGGAAACGGCGGCGACGCGGCUCAGUGUCAGGUCGCUUGUGAGAAAUUCCUGGCCAGCACACCGUCUAUCAAUCAACACGUGGCAAACCAGGAGAUCCUCGACAUGUGUGCCGACCCGCAACGUGGCAGACCGUCCCGUCGGUGUUCGCACAACUCCACAGCGAGUCGACCCACCGACGGUCACAAAUAUCUACACUGUUGCAAGUUGGCGCCGGACGCACAGUGCGAGGAAGCCUGCCAAGACAGUCUGCGCAAACAGUUCGACAGCGAUGCCGAAGCCGUCGACAGUCUGGAAGGUAGAGGGUGCGGACAACCGUCGUUUGACGAUCGAUUUUGGCAAUGUUUCUUACAAAGCGAGAGCGGCCAACACAAAGACACUGCCGUAGCGUCGCCCAUGUCUCAGAUCGAAAAGCUCGGAAUGGACAGCGCCAAAUUGCACUGUUGCGACAAAGCCUCGACGGUCGGAUGUCGGAAACUCUGCGUGAAGACUUUUACCAACGAAUGGUCCACGUCUUGGACCGACCUGAACGCCCAGUGUUUGUCGCAUCCCAACGAAGAUAUGCUACUCAAGUGUUUGGACGAAGUUGAAGAACCGUGUGACUUGGGCUGUGAGGGUUUGAACUAUUGUACGGUGUUCAACAACCGACCGACCGAGCUGUUCAGGAGUUGUUCGUCGCAAACGGACGAUGCCGCCCACUACGACGUUACCCUGUGGAGGCAAAGAGGUACCAUCAACUUGUUCGACCACGAAUUACCGGUGAAGAACAUCAGUCGGUGCAUGCCGGACACCUGGAAAGCGGUGGCUUGUGUGCUCCAGAUACGGCCAUGCACCAGGGAAUCGCACGUUAACAAGAUAUGCAGAGACGAUUGUUUGGAACUGUUGAGCACGUGCUUGGAUUGGACCCGAAUGAUGCCGGGCAUGUCGGCCAAUUCGCUUUGUGCCCGUCUGUCGCCGGAGAGCGGACCAUGCGUUUCGCUCAAGACGUACGCCGAGCACGUGCCGGAGCCUGCACCGCCGUAUCGGCAAACGGCCCUGGCACAAGUGACCGCCCCGUGCAAGCGGAACCCGUGCUCGCCGGGCAUGGUGUGCCUGGUGAACCGCGGGUGCCGGAUCGGCCACUCGUGCAAACCGUACCGGUGCGUGCCGGGCUGCAAGGUGGGCGAGGUGUCGCACUUCCUGAUCCCGGAGGACUCGUACGCGCGCAUACCCACGUUCAACGGGCAGCGCGGUUGCGUAAAGGUGUGCCAGUGCACGAGGAGAGGCUUUGACAAGUGCCAGCAAGUGCCGUGCUCGCAGAUGCAGUCGUGCUGGUUGGCCGGCAAGCAAAUUGAUCACGGAUCCACGUUCGAAAUGGACUGUAACACGUGCAAUUGUUUUGCCGGUGAGAUCACUUGCACGAAAAAGCACUGCGAACAAGCGGCCAACGCCGUUUCAAAGUACAGACACACGGGUUUGCCGUGCAAUUGUGCUCCUCAUCACGUGCCCGUUUGUGGCGUCAACGGAAACACAUAUCCCAAUUCGUGUCUAGCAAAAUGCGCCGGACUUAGCGACGUAGACCUGAAGUUCGGUUCGUGUUGGAGCGAAGACCCUUGUGCCGAACACUCGUGCAAUCCAGACGAGAAGUGCGUGCCGGCUCGUCAGGUGUGCUUGUCUAUGUUGAAAACAUCCUGUGUCCAAUACAAAUGCGUUUCGGACGACGACUCGUGCAAAGAUACGCCCAAGAGUCCGGUUUGCGAUACGGACGACGAGGAACACGAAAACAUAUGUGAGCUGCUUCGGGCCAACAAAAUCUUGGCCUACAACGGCCCUUGCUUGGUGGGAUGUAACUCUUCAGGAACGGUGUGCGGUGUGGACGGUAACACUUACCCGUCGGAAUGCGCUGCUUUUGCCGAAUCUGCCAGUGUCGACUAUGCUGGACAAUGUGUUUCCAGCGGUUUCAUCAGCUACAACGGGCGACCAUACUGUCCGAAAGGAGUGGUCGAGUGUCCUCGGCUACCCCAGCAAGGGUGUAUGGGCAUCACACCACCCGGAUCCUGUUGCGCCAAAUGUGUCGGCGCCCUUCGCAUCCUGUUCAGCCAAAAGCAAGUGGACCGAGUGGUGCACACGAUGAAAAACAAACCGACGGCCGUCAACGCUCUGAGCAUGAAAUCCGUGCUGAGGGCGUUGGACAGGCACGUGCAGGUAGCAGAAUGCGUGGUCCGCGGACACCUGACCGUCUACCAAGACCUGCUGGUGUUGGUCGAGUCCACGUUGCGGUAUCCGACUCGGUUGCAGUUGGAAGCUUGCGUCCGGGAGGCGGAAAAACUGUCCACCCUGAUGGAGAUGUCCAGCCCGCGCAUCGUGUCCGACCUGAGCCUGAGCAUACUCAUAUCGGCCAGUCCCGUCCACGAGACCACGGCCAACAGCGUAUCGCGGCCGUCGUCCGCGGCCAACGCGAUACUGCUGCUUGUAGCGUUGUUGUUGACGCUAUGUUGGCGUUAGAGACGUCCAGUGACCGACUGAAUAUUAUUUUAACGACAGUUUAUUUAUUUUAUUUUUUGUAUUUUCCAAAUAUUAUUAUUACGUUUAAUUUUUAUUAUUUAUUUUAUUUGGAUUUUUUUAUUUUAAUUUUAGUUUUACCGUUGUUAUUACUGUGUACAAAUCGUAUGAUAAUAAUUAUGUCUGUGAUAAUCUUAUAUUAUAUUACAUUGUGUACAUACCUGCUUUUAGAGCAAUUAUUAUUGUAAAUUUUUAUUUAGAAAAAUAAAAUAUAUCAUCCGAGUUAUAUAUUGUA